AUGGCGGAUCGUGGGGUUUCAAUGUCUCACAUUCAACGCCCUCCCCUGGGAGACGCGACCGACCGCGUCAUCAACGCCUCUUCCCAGAAACCUGGGAAACGCACUCGAGCUCUAGAGCCCGAGACCAACCCGUUGCGCGCCCACCCCUCUGGCCACAGGCCCACAGACUCGAGAUCCAGCACUCGCGCCGCCACUUCAACCAACAACAAUGCCAGAGGGCCAGCGAACCCGCGCGCCUCCACAAUCUCGCAAGACGACCGCGAUGGCAGCAAGCGAGACUCCCAGAUCUCGACCUCGAGUGGUGCCUCAAGUAGCAAGCGAAAGACUCACAUUGGCCCAUGGCAACUCGGCAAGACACUGGGCAAAGGCUCGGCAGCACGAGUCCGGCUGGCCAGGCACCAGGCCACGCAGGAAUUGGUGGCCGUGAAGAUACUGGCCAAAAACAUGACCCAAUUGACCCAGGCUGGUAGUCUUGCCGAGCUGGACAAGUGGGAUCGCAAUCGGGAUGAAUACGCCUCCGAGAGACACAUGCCGCUGUCUAUCGAACGCGAAGUUGCUAUACUAAAGCUGAUCGACCACCCUCACAUUGUGAAACUGAACGAUAUCUGGGAGAACCGCUCUGAGAUCUACCUUGUCCUGGAGUACAUGGAAGGAGGCGACCUCUUUACUUACAUCAACGAAUUUGGUCCUCUCCGGGAGUUUGAGAUGAUGCACUACUUUCGGCAGAUACUGAGCGCGCUGGAAUAUGUCCAUUCGUUCAACAUCUGCCAUCGGGACCUGAAGCCGGAGAACAUCCUCAUGAAAGAAAAUGGAGAGGUGAAGAUAGCCGACUUCGGUAUGGCGGCUAUACAGCAGGGCCCGACCCAUACCCUCAAAACGUCUUGCGGAAGCCCUCACUAUGCUGCCCCAGAGUUGGUAAGCCGAAGUCGGUACCAGGGUGACAAAGUAGACAUCUGGAGUCUUGGUGUCAUCUUGUACGCUGCCUUGUGUGCCCGACUUCCGUUUGAUGAUCCGUACGGGGAUGUACCGCGGCUCCUUGCAAGAGCUGCAAGGGGCCACUACGAGGUCCCGGCUUUCAUCAGCGAUGAUGCUCGGGACUUGAUUGCCAGGAUGCUGACGGUCGAACCAAGAAAUCGCAUAUCUAUCAGGAAGAUAUGGAAACACCGACUGAUUCGGCAGUACGAUGAUGGCGACGAUCUAAACGACGGCGGGAAGUCUCUGGAAUCCCGAAAAGUCGGACAGUGCCAGCCAGUGCUACCGGAAGACCUUGACAUGCAGACUUUGCGCCAGUUGAAGUCCAUGUGGCAUACAUUCUCUGAGAAGCACCUCGCUAUGAAACUGAUGACUCCGGAGCCCAAUGACCAGAAAUUGUUCUACUGGCUUCUUCUGAACUACCGUGAGAAACGUCUGGAGAAUUACGAUGGGGAUUUGACCUACUCUGCAAGUGAUUACCAUCAUCUCCGACCCGCGAACUGGAAGAAGAAAUUCACGACGGCCGAGUUUCCCUCAAAGUACGGAAGAACUCCGUCUCGAUUCACCGUCAUCUCCAACGUGGCCACCGAGGAAGACAGUGAUGGAGUCGACAACGCCACAGAUUGUGGUAAUACGAUCCAGAGCUAUGAUCCUUACAAGUCUUCGCGUAACAUGGAGGAUGUAGAAGCUAGUCACGCGAAGAUUGUCAUCCAUCGAAACGCAAGCUCAGCCAAGGACUCCACGCAUUCUUCGAAGCUGCGACAGGUUCGAAGUGGAUCGAUCAAAAGUAGUUCGACGUACUCGAAGCGGACCAGAGGUGCCCGGCAUAUCACAGCGCCUGCGGCUUACGGGUCCACAAGGCGAUCUUUAAGCUCGGUUCGAAGUGGCGAAGGGGCUCCCUAUGUGCGACCUGCUUCUCGACACAAGCGAGGUGUCGACUUCUCGCAUGUUCGCAGACGGUCUUCCACGCAGCAGCAAGAUCAUAUGCACCGUGCGCCUGCUAGCAUAGCGGGAGACGAUACGACCUAUGAUCGCGACUACAUGUCCCCCGCGAGCUCGGUGAGAAUAGCCAAGACUUCAAGAAACCCCAGUGGAAGGUCUCGCCCUGGCACACAAUCGAUGGCGGAUAUGUCUGGAGCCAAACAGGGUGGGUUACUCGGACAUGAGGAGAUGAGCCAGUUCGGCCACAGCAUCGCAAAGGACUGUGACGAAGCGUUCAACAGUUCCUUGCUCAGUCCGCAGUCCUACUUAGACGAGGCCCCAUUCGAACCUUCCAUAUCCGAGGAUGCAAAGACGCUGUCAGUCGCAAUGGCGACUCCGACCCCUGCUGCUCCGCGCGCGAGAGGUCUCCUCCACGAACCGCGCCCGUGGGAUGUACGGCCGUUGCCGCCGGCACCACCUCCUACAGACUCGGUCCUACACGAGAUCAUGAUGGCAAAGAAGAGAGCCGAACGCCGCAAGGACGACUGGUUUGAAGAGUCUUCGAAGCCUGCUAAACAGAUGGCACCAAAUGUCGUCCUACAUGAUCGACGCGGCAAGUCGACAGAAAAGGGCGAAACGAACCGCAGGGUUGCCUCAGCCCCUAUCUAUUCGCAGUUCAGCACUCAGUGGGGUAAGGACGCAAUCCCCUUGCCACCAAUCAAUGAAGGAUUUGCUACCGACAAGAGUCGCAUUGUAUCUGCCCCUGUAACAUAUUCCAAGUCCCGUCCUGAUCCUUUGGACGAAGGUGCAGGUCUUGAGUACCUUGCUCGUCACGAACAGACGAUACGCGUCGUCAACUCCAUCUCGGACCGUCAUAACCCGGUCAGAGCGCCAGCGCCGCUGAACAUUCGUAAGCAGGCGUCUAGAGAGGUGACUGCCUCUGCACAGUCUAGGCAAGAACUCAACCUCCGCCAAAAGUACGUCAAGGAUGAGGCGGAGGCCCCAGUCUCCGAGGAGGCAUCGACCCUGUCUCUUGAUCGCUCUUCUGCUGUGGCAAAGAAGAAGGCAUCCUGGUUCAAGCGCACCUCCAAGGAUAACGUUUUUGACUCGAAUGGCGGCUCUGCCUCGAGUAACACUGAUAAGCUUACCUAUACAGAUAGCAGCUCAUCUAGGGGCCCGGCCAUCCCGCCGGCGAAGAAGAAGAGCUUUAGUCUCGCCUUCUGGAAAGGGAACACCAAGGACCAACCACAGAUGCAGAUCUCGCUUGGAGGGUCCGAUUACGAUGAUUCACCGAGCCCCGAACCUGCCCGGAUGUUCAAUCACCCCGGCCGACCGCAUCAUAAGAGGAAGAUGACGGAAGACGCGGCAACACGGCAUAUCGAGCCGCAGCAGAAUUGGCUGGCCCGGCUGUUCAAGGUCAAGCCGGCGACCAAAUAUCUCUGCUUCUCGAUAUCGCGACGUCGCGCGCGACAGGAAAUCGCCAUCUUGCUCAAGGAAUGGCGCAAGUACGGCAUACGAGAGGUGCAGGUCGACAAGGAACGGAACAUUGUCUUUGCACGCGUGGCUAAGAAGAACUACCUCAACCUGAAUGAAGUCUCAUUCGCCGCCGAGAUCAUGACGGUGAUUGAGCAUGGCAAGCGCAGUCAACUGUGCAUUGCUCGCUUCACGCAAGAACGAGGUGCAGCCAGUAGCUUCCACAAAGUUGUCGACACCAUGAACGCUGUUUUCAGCGUGCGAAACUUGCUCGUUGCUGAGAAGCGAAGAGUCAAGAUGAUGAUCAAGACACUGAACUCUUGA